GUAAAAAAACACAACGGUAUUUGGAGUUUCUGCCACGUAGCUGAGCUUGUUUGUGGAAACUUUAAAUGUGGAGAAAAAGGUUCAGGAACAUUGAGGGAUGUCUUAAAACAAGCAGCCGCAGUGGAGGGGCAGGUCUUCUGAGGAGGUUUAUUUAUGGAUGAUUAGGCCAUGGACUGGCAACCUCGAGUGGGGCUUAUCACAAUCGACGGGCAUCAACGAGUCGGUUGCCAUGCCCACAGGGCUGCACUAAGGAUCCUGCGGCUGGAGAGGAGCUUCAGAGAGGUUUGGGACCUGGUGCUCAGCUGAGGAGAAAACAUACAAAUUGUGCAUUAUUGGACCAUGAAGCAGCUCUGAAGUUCCAUAAAGGACAGCAAAAUGGGCUGCCCAAUUGUGGUGCUUCCCACUACGGUGUCCACACUCGGGGGCCUGGUCUUUGGCUACGAGCUUGGGAUCAUCUCUGGAGCCCUGAUGCAGCUCAAAGCCCAAUUCCACCUGACCUGCGUCCAGCAGGAGACGGUGGUCAGCGCUCUCCUUAUUGGCGCAGUCUUUGCGUCCCUGGUUGGCGGUUGGCUGAUUGACCGCCACGGCAGAAGGACCUCAAUCUUGGUCAGCAACCUUUUGCUCCUCUGUGGCAGCUUGAUUCUCAGCUCCAGCAACUCCUUCCUGAUGCUGGUCGUGGGUCGGCUCUCGGUGGGCUUUGCAAUUUGCAUAUCGUCCAUGUCCUGCUGCAUCUUCGUGUCUGAGAUGGUUCCGUCGCACCGCAGGGGUCUGAUGGUCACCCUGUACGAAGCUGGCGUCACCGUUGGGAUCCUGGUGGCUUAUGCAGUCAACUAUGUGUUGGCUGGUGUUCUGGAAGGGUGGAGGUACAUGUUCGGGUUAGCCGUGGCACCGUGCCUCGCUCAGCUGGUUUCGGUUUGGGUUCUUCCAUCGCAGAACCAAGGUCUAGUCCAGCUUGUACCAGACAGUCAGAACAUGAGUGACUGUCCAGAAGAAGAACCUUCUUCAAACCAGGUUCUGAAGGACCACAAGCGGUUUACAAUCUUUCAUCUGUUUCAGCGUAAAGAUAACUUGCGCUCAAGGACACUAAUUGGACUCGGACUCGUGCUGUUUCAGCAGUUCACGGGUCAACCAAACGUGCUGUUUUACGCUUCCACCAUCUUUCAGUCCAUGGGAUUUAAAAACAACGCUUCAGCCAUUUUGGCCUCGCUUGGCCUCGGAAUCGUCAAAGUCGUCGCAACAUUUGUGGCAAUGCUCUGUGCAGACAAGGCUGGACGAAGGCCGCUGCUGAUCGGCGGUUGCUCAUUAAUGGCCUUGGGUUUAAUUCUUAUCGGGUUCUUGAGCAGGAACUCGCUGUUGGAUGCUACAAGACACUGUAGCUCUGAGCCUUGUUUCAACAACACAAUGCAAGUCCACAAAAAACCCAUGGAACUGGAUUUGAUGAAGAUUAGCAAUCACACCACUGAUGCUGGACUUUUAGACAUGCCUCCAGCUAUGGGGAGCUACAACUGGCUUAUUCUGAUCUGCAUGAUGUCAGUUGUUGCUGCCUUCUCUGUGAGCUUUGGACCAAUGACCUGGCUGAUCCUCAGUGAGAUAUUCCCAGCUGAAUUGAGGGGAAGAGCUUUUGCAUUCACAAACUUUUUUAACUGGGCGGCAAACCUGAUCGUAUCCUUCUCGUUCCUCAGCGUUAUCGAUGCGAUUGGCCUUUCUGGAACCUUCUUUAUUUAUGGAGUGAUUGCAGUGGCAGCUGUUGCUUUCAUCUAUUUCCUGCUGCCAGAGACCAAAGGCAAGUCCCUCCAGGACAUCGACCAGGAGCUUCGUCAAAAAAGACAAUUUCCUCACAAAGAAGAAUUCUGCAGUGUUUUCCAAAGACGUCGCUCACCUGACUAUCAAAGACUGUCCUGGACAAAUACUUCAUCAAUAUGAUAUUUUAAUCAUCGUGGCUAAUUAACCCACCAACAAGCACCUGGAUAUUAAACACAAUAUAAUAUUUUUUAUAUUUUAUAAAUAUGUAUAUUUUGUAUCUUGUAUCUGUUCCAUACUAUUUAUUAGACAGUAUUUGUCUGUCCUCAUUGUCUUGUUCACACUAGAACGCUUUGGUACUGCCUUCAAAAUCAUGGUGGAAAUAAACUUGUAUUAAUGAGAUAGGUGCACAUGAACUCAACCACAAACUUGUAUUUUUGAGUUGGGAAAACAAUUUAGGAGCAUGUCAAUAAAAAAACGGUGAUAUAAUUAUGUUACAAA